GACGGCGCUGGGCGGGCGGCGGCGAUGGGGCCGUGCUGAGGCUCCGCGGGUGCCCAUGAGGCGCCGGGCAGAGCCGAGCCGAGCCGGGCGGGCUCCAGCCAUGCUUCCCGGUCCGCCCGCGGGCACAUGGGGCAGCGCUUGAACCGCUGCCUCGAUGUCCCCGUUGCGUUGCCGCCGCUGAGGCGGAGGCUACUGCUGCUCUUCAUCAUGCUCUUCCUCUGGCUCUAUAUGUUCUACUCGUGCGCCGGCUCCUGCGCCGGGCUAACGACCCGCGGGUCACCCGCACCGUCCCGCGUCGCCCCACCGCUGUCCCCGCUGCUGCCGGGAGAGCCGGGCGAGGAGAGCAGCCUGGAGGAGCAGCGGGCAGCUCCCGACGCCAGCAGCCCCAUCUCCAGCUUCUUUAACGGCUCCGGUACCAAGCGGCUGCCGCAGGCCAUCAUCAUCGGCGUGAAGAAGGGGGGGACGCGGGCGCUGCUGGAGUUCCUGCGGGUGCACCCCGACGUACGCGCCGUCGGGGCCGAGCCUCACUUCUUCGACCGCAACUACGAGCGGGGACUCGCCUGGUACAGGGACCUGAUGCCCAAGACACUGGAGGGACAGAUCACCAUGGAGAAGACCCCCAGCUACUUUGUGACCAAGGAGGCCCCAGCCCGCAUUUCCUCCAUGUCCAAGGGCACCAAGCUGAUCGUGGUGGUGCGGGACCCCGUGACCAGAGCCAUCUCGGACUACACCCAAACGCUCUCCAAGAAGCCUGACAUCCCCACCUUUGAGAGCCUGACCUUCAAAAACAGGACUACAGGCCUGAUUGACACCUCAUGGAGCGCCAUCCAGAUUGGCAUCUAUGCCAAGCACCUGGAGAACUGGCUCCUCUACUUCCCCAUCGGGCAGAUCCUCUUUGUCAGCGGGGAGAGGCUCAUCAGCGACCCUGCGGGGGAGCUGGGCAGGGUCCAGGACUUUCUGGGCCUCAAGAGGAUCAUCACUGACAAACACUUCUACUUCAACAAAACCAAGGGCUUCCCAUGCCUGAAGAAGGCGGAGGGCAGCAGCAAACCCCACUGCCUGGGGAAGACCAAAGGCAGGACCCACCCUGACAUAGACCAGGAGGUGGUGCAGAGGCUGCGGGACUUCUACCGGCCCUUCAACAUGAAGUUCUACCAGAUGACAGGGCAGGACUUCGGCUGGGACUGAGCCUGGCAUGAGAAAGCCCUCUGUUAUUACUUGCCCAGCACGGUUUGCUUAUAUAAAGAGAUAUAUAUGUAUGUAAAAUGUACAGAAAUCUAUUUUAUAAUAAUUUAUUUUUAAUUCCUAAGCAAUUAAUUCACUAAGCUGCCUAACCGCACUGGCUAGAAUGGUAGCCUGUAACCUGUUUAACAUUCCACACUGUUUAAUUCUAAUGUCUGUCCUUUCCUUGUUUUUUUCCCUUUCUGCUUUCUCCUUGGUUUGGUUUGUAACAGACAGUGCUUCCACUUUUCCUAAAAAAAAAAUUUGUAUUUAAAAAUCUAAAGAAGCAAGGGAGGGAAGGGAGGGAGGGAAAGCACAAGUUUAUUUUUGUUACGGGUAUCUGGCCUUUAUAAACACUUGCUUUCCCUAUUCCGGUGUCCCAGUCUCUGCUCCACUGUUGUAGUUCCUCAUCCCACAGUUUUCUGGUUAGUUCCAUGGCCCUGGGGGGUUUCUCUGGGGUUGGUGGGAGGAAUGCUGGGCAUCCCUGCACCCCACAUACCUCUGCUGAGCAGCAGCAGGUUUUGCCAGUGGCUGUAAGCGUGGGAACCCCAAGCCCUAGGGCUCCUGCUCAGGAUUGCCAGGAGAGCAAUGUGCUCUUUUUCUGGCAGAGAAGCUGCAGAGCCUGUUUCAUGGGCAGAGCUCUUCUCAGUACAGUUUUCCUUCCUGCUUUUGGUCCAGGGUGUUCUUUCCCAUAAUCCCUCUAUGCAUUUAAAAUUUUUACUGCAGGACAAAUCUAAAAUGCUGUGUCUGUGUGUGACGUGUGGUCAGAGGGACCUGCAGAAAGUGUCAUUCCAAAAAUAUCCAUGCAUGCCAGGCACUGCUGGGAAAUGGCAAUGCCUGCAGCCCGUGGAACAACCUCCAGCCACCAAAGACACCAGGAGAACCACUGGGAAAACCCCAGGUGUCUGCCUGGCAUCAUCCCAGCAUAGAGCAUGUCCCAGGACAUGGCACAGGCACUGUUAGCUCCAGCCCCACAGCCACCGCAGCACCUCCCAGUACAUGAGACUCAGGAACAUCACCCCUAGCCCUAUUAAUUCCUAUCACUUUUUGGUCCAUCACCCACCCAUGGUAUAUCCUGAGGAGCAUUAUUUAUUUAGAGCCAAGAAGAAGUGCUGCUUUACCAGCGAGGGUGAAUCUGUAGGAAGGCAGGGGGCAACCUGGGCACGCUGGUGUUGGGAUAUUCCUGGAAGUCCCUGGGUGCCCUGGCUGAGCACAGGGGUAGCAGCCAGACAGGACAGGAGGCUCCAGACCUUUAACCAGAAUGAAAUCCUUCUCCUUGUGUGUAACCAGUUGCUGUGGGACUCCAGGCCAGAUUAGGUGGGCUGUCCUGAGAGCUCUGCCAGUGUUUUGUGAGCUCAGGAGGUGCUGAUAAGCACUGUGUGUGUCCGAUGCCUUAUCAUUGCUGUAAGAAAUUCUUCCAGCUUGACUGGAACACUUUCAGAGCAGGUGGCAGCAGAAGUGAUUUUCUCAUUGAAUUUUUAGCAGAAACAAAGAUAUGAUGUUGUUGGGCAGCAAAACUCCCCACACCUCAACUGCAGUGCUGAAAUAAUGCACUGCACCCAGUAUCUCCUGCUGUUGCCAUGGGAGUGCUUCCAUAUGCAAUUUGAGUGAAACUGGAAACAACAAAAGCACCGAUGAACAGAACACCUAAUUUCAUAUGCCUAAUAUUUCUCUAUUGCCUACAGAAAUCCAUGCCCUGUGCCUCUGCAGUUACCCACAGCUCCCCCCUGGAGCUGCCCAUUGCUGAACUGUGUCCAGCUGUGGUGGGGCCCAUACAGUGGUGUUUCCCAAAUGUUUGUUUUACUUUUGCAGCCUCCUCACUCCUGCCUGCCCCUUUAAUCUCUCUGCUGUGGGUGAUGAGAACAUUCCUCAGAGCCUGGGCUGCUCUGUUUGGGUCUGAUCUAGUCCUGCUCUGGCAGACAGAGCAGAGCAGCCUUGGCUUGGGGUCUGCUGCUGGUGCCAGGGAGCUGCUCUUAGGAGCUUUGUUCAAAGCUGAAGGUUUUUGGCUUGGCUCAGCAGUGUCACACCUCCAAAGGGAUUUAGGGACUUGCACCACUGUGUCUGGGUUCACACUUGGGUUGCAGUGUACGUGGGUGACCUCAAGGAAAGGGAGAUUUUAUGCGUAACAUCAUCAGGCUGAGCUGCCUACAAAGCUGCUGGGAGCAAGAUGCAAAUCCCUCCUUGGGACUGGCCUCCAAACACAACUUCCCACAAACAUGGAAGUUCUCCUUCUUGCCCUGAGCCAUUUCUAGUGAAGAAAUGACACUUUGGGCCAAUGCAGUCUUACUUCAGGGGCUACAGGUGGGAUGUGGGACCUGCUGGGCUGUGCAGGCUGACAGCCCCUGCUUUUUUCCUGUCCUGCAAAAUCCAGCUGCAGGCCUGAGCAGUUGGGUGGAUCUAUGCACUUUUUAGGGGUUUGGCUUCAACUCCAGCCAGGUCCCUGACUCUGUGUCCUGCUUGCCAGGGCAGGUGAUGAAUGCAGGAGUGUAUCUGUUUUAUCCCAGACCCUGCCACUGUUGGGUGACUGAGGUGAAGGAGCUGCAGGCACUGAGAAGAAAAUACUUCAUGGUGGAAAAACAAGUGAUUUUUGGUUCUCAAAACUUCAGUCUUCCUUCUAGCAGCUUAUGCAAUGCAUGGAAAGAAGCCUGACCUCUCCACUUGGCCCUUGGGUGAGCUCCCAGCCUUGGCUGUGCCACUUCUGAGAGUGUUUUGCUGGUGGAGCCUCCAGGACCGUGUGUUGGCACGGGCUCCUUUCCAGGCACUUCCCUCCAGCGUGUGUGCCAGCUGCUCAGUGCUGGAAGAGUUUGGAAUCCCCUAUGUCUUCCUCGGUUUCCUGGAAACAAGUUUUUAAUAUCCCUAUGCUUUCCUCAGCUGUACAUCAGAGUGUGGGCUUAAUUUGUAUAAUCAAGCUCUGCUGUGAAGAAGUCUUGUGAAGCAAACUUGUUGGAGAAUGGAAAUACAGAGAGUGAGGAAGAGAGAGAAUAACUCUUCUAAUCAUAAGCAAAUUAUUAGUCCUGAUUCAAUAUCCUUCAUAAUGAAGUCUGCACUAGACUUUUUUGAUGUAAAAAAGCCUUACCUAACAAUGAAGGUGAAUUCUCUGUGAUGUUCAUCUGGUUGCUAAUAUUGGAAUCAGUGCAUUUUUUUAAAUACCCCCCACUUAUUUUUAAAAUUAAGCUUGGAGGUGUGAUUAGAAGUUUGGUUGGUUGAUUCUUUUUUCAUAUUGUAACAUUAAUUUAUGGCUGAGUUUCAUUCAGUCCUGUAUUCAGAAGUGCAGUAUAGCUAUUAGUGAUGUGUUGUCUGUAACAUGGUUCUAUAGCGUAGUAGCCAAUUUGUAAAAAAAAGAACAAAACAGAAAGAAAAACAAACAAAAAAAAAAUCCACAAAAAAGAAAAUCUAAAAAAAAAAUAUAUAUGGAGUAUUUUGUGGUAUGUACAACACAAAUUAAUUUUACACAGAGAAAGAUGUUUCUAGGAAAAUGAAAUUCUGAUAAUUCAUACUAUUUGUAUGAACAAAUAAAAACUCUAUUUUAUGAAGCGA